AGAAUACAAAAAAAACGUGCGCAGAACGAAAAUUGGACUUCUGAUUAAUAUCGGCAUGCAGAAAGGUGGCUCAAGUUCGUCAAGAUUUCUAUACGUAUCUCGCGGUACAUUCAUAAAUUACGCACAUGAAAAACGCGCGUAUGCGCAGAACAGAGAGAGAGAGAGAGAGAGAGAGCGUGUAACGUUGUUUAUUCUGCUGCGGGGACUCGAAAUCCUAGUUUCAGGCAAUCUCAUUGAAUUUUCGUCGCUUCAUUAUCAUUCGUUCGCGAGGUUGCGUCUCGCAAAAGCAAUAUCACGUAAAAGAUUUGCAAGGGGAGCAAAAAACAUUUACGUUAUUCGCCGCGAUGCGACGAUUGCCGCAGCACAUAUGUGGCAGGAGCGUGCAUUUAUACAGAGCGAGGUUACGCUGGGCGACCGUACGCUAACUGUACAGCACGGUCGGGUCUGAAAUCACCGUGGGAAAGUACAUGAAUACCUAUAAAGCGCCGACAUUGUACGAGGCAGUGCGUCAUUUGCAUCGCACGCAGGUCGACACCUGCGGUCGCGUCAGCCCCGUCGCGAGACUAAUAAAGACGGCGUCCCCUUUAUACAUCUCCGAUAAGAAUAGAUAAGAGAUGUGAGCUGAGACGGCGAUUCGAGCACCAUGGAACUCAUGGAAGGCGAAGAAAGGGGAGAGGAUAUCGCGAGAUGGCCAGGCGCAAUUUUGAACGAUGAUCUGGAGUUUUGGAUGACUCGGUUUCCGGCGCCACUCAAGAAUAUACCCAUAAUACAUCUGGCGAUACCCGGUUCUCACGAUACCAUGACUUAUACGAUUGAGAGACGUAACGACGUCGGGCCGGACGAACCUGCCUUCAUUCGAACGCUCGGACGUUACUGCUCAUUCGUUGCUAAGCCCAUUAUUUUAAAUUGGUCUAUUACACAACGCGAUGAUAUCAAGCAACAACUCAACGGCGGGAUUCGAUAUUUGGAUCUGCGCGUUGCCACGAAGCCGGGAACCAGUAACAUAUACUUCCUCCACGGUUUGUACGGCGCGGAGAUCAGCAAGCCGCUCAUGGACGUGGCCGACUGGCUCACCUCGCAUGCGAACGAGAUCGUUAUCCUGGACUUCCAGCACUUCUACGCCUUCACGGAACAGGAUCAUCAUCGUCUAAUAGACCGGAUAACUCAGAUCUUUCGCGGGAAAUUGUGCCCGGUCUCGUCCAGAUUCGAUCACAUAACGCUGCAAUGGCUGGUCCAAAAGAGAUACCAGAUGUUCGUGGUCUACAGGAACGUUUACGCGCGCAACUAUACGAAUCUCUGGCCGUCCGGUCUCUGGCGUACCGUGUGGCCCAACACCGUCCGCGUGGACGAGCUGAUUGAUUUCUUGAAUGUCGAACUGCAGAGCAGAUCGUUGGACAUCGCAUUCAUAUCGCAAUGCCUCUUGACGCCGGACACGCCCUACGUCGUAAAACAUUUGUGUGGCACCCUGCAAAGAGAUCUGGUGUCCCGCUGCCAGAAAGCAAUUCUCUCUUGGAUAAGUCAGAAACGCCCCGGCCGCGGCGGACUCAACAUAGUCAUAGCGGACUUUGUGUCGGACAGCAACUUUCUGUUUUGCAAAACGGUCAUCCAAAGUAAUACGAAACUCCUCCAGAGUCCCUAGUUUAAUUUACUUCUUCCGCUUUAGAAUAGAAAUAAUAUAUAAGAGUAACUUUAGAUUCAAAUAUCUUUAUCUCUUUUUAAUGGAGAUCUGUUUAAAUUUAGAGUUAUUUAAAAGAUUUUUACGAUUGAUAUACUCACUUAGUAACCAUUAAUUAUUAUCCAAAUAAAUAUCAUUGAAUAUAUGCUAAAAUAUUCAACUUCGUACUUGAUGUCUAAAAUCGUAAUAAAGUUAAAGUUUACAUAAAAAAAAAUUCAGAUCAACUUUUAAACUUAAUACGUAUAUUUCUACUGCUUUCAACUAAUUGAUCUAUUGUUCAAACAAUAUAUUUAUGCUAAGCGCAUUGCUGUUAUGUAAUACAAUUAUAGAUAUUUAUGCUCAGCCUAAACUAAUCUGCUCAGUAUAUUAUGAUACAUUGCUUGGAAAAUGGAUGAUUAAUUAUUAUUAUUAUUAUGCAAUAAAUAAUAUACUUUUAUUUCAUAUUUUAUAAGCUUAAGUAUAAGCUUUUAAAUUUUAUAAGCGAUUUCUAUAGUUCCAUUUGGUGGAUGCAAUAACGUGUAAAAUAUUGAACACAUCCAAAUAAUUGUAUAUUAUUAUCGGAUGUACAUACAUAUUACAAUGAUAUGUAAAUUAUUUAGAACUGAAUUGAAUGCAUUUAUCUCAUAUAUGAGAAAAAAAAGUUUCUUGAAAUAUUAGUAUGGAUCUCUUUUGGUCAUAAAUGCUGUUUUAAUGUGUUGGAUCUUAAAGGGUAACGAUUUUACUACCUUAUCGUAUCAGUUCGUUGGUAUAUAGCGUUAAAAGAGGUAUGAUAAUAUAAUAUAUAUAUAUGUGUAUAUAUCUAUAUAGUUUAUGUUAAAUUUUAUUAUUCUUGUUCAACAGGGAAUAUCUCUAUGAUAUUUAAGUAUGUAAGCUGGCAGUAGGGCAAAUAAAGUAUACGUUACACAACAAA